AUGAGCUCCUCAGACGCAGCCGUUGAGACUCCGACGGUACCAGCGUCAGCACCAGGGACUGCAUCGACUGAUGUAGAUCCAUUCCCCGCGCGUCCUACGCGCUACUGUGAAGUGUGCACGUUCCCAUACGAAUACUGUGAAUAUGGUUCGUCGUUGUCCAAGUGCAAGGCCAAUUUGGAGGCGAGGGAUCCAACACUUUAUGCGCAACUAUACUCGGAUGCAGCGCUAGAAGACAAGCUCAAGUCACUCACGACCGAGCAGGCUGAGUCGCUUGAGCGUGACAGUGCGAAGAAGGAACGCAAAGCACAAGCCAAAGCUGAGAAGGAGCGUGCGCAGCUCGCAGCUUCCAAGGUCAUUCUCUCACGUGUAUCUCGAACGAAGCGCAAAGUUAUUACGUGUGUGCAUGGCUUGCAUCAAUUUUCGCCGCCUCUUCCUGCGCUGAAGGUCAUUGCUAAAGGCCUAAGUUCAAGUUUCGCGACAGGUGCUUCUGUGACACAAAGUGUCCACAAUCCCGGCAUUGACGAGAUUCACAUCCAGGGCGACGUCGUGGAUGAUCUACGUACCAUGCUGAUUGAGCGCAAAAAACCUUUUGAUCAAAUGCCGAGUGAAGCGGAUGGCGGGCUCCAUGAGAAAAAUAUCGUGUUUGAUGAAAAGGCCAAGUAG